AUGGCCGAACGUAUCCUCAUGAACGAGUACAAGACCCUCGCCAAGGAGCCAUGGGUCAAUAUCGAGCUCGAGAACGAAGACAUCUUCAGGUGGACCAUCGGCUUAAUCGUCCUGAACCCCGACUCCUUGUACUACGGCGGCUAUUUCAAAGCGUCCAUGAAGUUCCCCAAGAACUAUCCUUUUUCGCCCCCAGAGUUCGCUUUUCGACGCCCCCUAUACCACCCCAACAUCUACCCCGACGGGAAACUUUGCAUCUCGAUACUCCACGCACCAGGCGAAGAUGAAAUGUCGGGCGAGCUGGCCUCGGAACGAUGACGACGCGGAAGUGUCGUCCCCCGCCACGUCGACGCCGGCGUGAUGUUACGAAAGGAACCCGAGGAAUACAAGUCGCGCGUCCGGAAGGACGUCGAGACUUCGAAGCAAGACAUACCCGAAGGCUUCGUCAUGCCGACCCAUCAACCGGCAACAGUUAAAGCCGUAGAGAAGGACGAUUCGGAUUUCUGGGCGGAGAGCGAUGCAGACGAUGACGUCUUCGGAGGAAGCGACUCGGACGAAGACAUGGACUUUGAUGAUCAAGAUACUGCCAGUGAUGAUGAAGAGGAUGAGGAGGAGAAGAAGGAGCGGGCUUGA